AUGCGAUUCCAACCUAUCCUGAUGGCAGCGGUCUUGUCCGCCGCUGCCAAUUCUCAAGCUCUAGGAAAGGCCUUUUUGUACUCCAAGGAGUCUUGCGAGGGUACAGAGCACAAGGUUGAGCCGAAUGACAAGUGUACUCUCCUACCUGAAAGUUUGAGACGAAAAAUUAAUGGCGCCAAAGUCCCCAAGGAUGUUGUUUGCGACUUUUACACGGAUGAGCAUUGCAAAGAACCUCUUUUGAUUGGCAUGGAAGAGCCUGGUGAAUGUAGCUUCAGCGAAUAUGACAUUGAAAACCGGGCGGUGAGUGUUCACUGCUACGACGAUAGGGACCAAGAUGAAAUUUAA